CCUUGACUGGAUGAAUGUCAUAGGUUACGGCCUUAGAGGAUACAGGAACGGCAGAGCUGACAUUCAUAGUCCUCUCCACCCCAGAACCUUCGACCAACCCGAUGUCCGGCAGCUCAAUGUGGAACAGGGUCUUCAGGCGCUGCUGGACCGCGGAGCCUCGAAACGGAAGUUGGUACUGGGCGUGGCCUUCUUCGGGCUUGUGUACAGGCUCGCGGUCCCAGAGAACACCACCCUGCACGCGCCUAUCGACUUCUUCAAAUGGCCGGAAAAGGGUGCCUUUCUCAAGAGCAAGACGAUAAACGCCUACUUCGAGGUGUGACCCUUAUAUAGAAAUACACUCACGAUAUCUGUUGUCUAUGUACAGAUCUUGCAGAUUCCUUCGCCUCCCUAAAUACUUAUUUCGUCCCGGUUGCGUUUGUGCCUAUAUCCAAAGCAAAGAUUGGA